AUGACGACGCGCCAGUCCUUCUCGUACGCGUGCAGCACCUGCCCGCCGCAGCUGGACGCUGGCGUCCACGGCUCGGCGGGUGUGCCGUCAGCGGGCACGCCGCGAGUGCUGCCCCGGGGCGACACACGGCAGCCGCAUCCAUCUGGCGAGCCUCGGGUGGUGCUGCCUGCGGAGGCGGUCGAAGGACCAGAAGCUGGUCGCGGGCACCUCGUACGCUCACUUUCUGGUACCGACGACGGGCGGUUGCCCAGGGGGCGUGGCCACUACGACCCGGGCUUCCUGGACGACCAGCGCCUGCGACAGGGCAAGCACCACACGGUGCUGCGCCUGGAGGGCUACCAGGUCUCCGUGAUCCCCUUCGUGCGGCCCAGGCGCUUGAAGGAGGAGCUCAACGACCAAUUCCGCUCUGCCCAUCUGGUAAGGCUUCGGGCUGCGCAUGGCAGUCCCGGCUGGCCGUAA